CCCAGUCCCAGUGGUGAGCAGCACGCUUCCCCUCCUAUAGAAAACGUCCCCGGGACGAGACCCCGAGACCGGAAAUUCUCCAAAGCAAACCACAUCCUCUUCCCCUCCCCUCCCCUUCCCUGCUCGCGCGACCUCACUGCCCGAAUCCAAGCUCCCGUCUGGGCGGCUGCUCCUGCUCGUGUGGGUGUGCCGUCGUUAGUCUGCGCUCGGGUUCGUCCGGAGCUGGGAUCCGGUUGGGUUUCCGGGCGGAAGGCCGGAUUUGGGGCCGGCCGGCUUCAUCUCGGCCCAUUGUUUUCGCCGCCGAGCUCUCCGUAGCCAUUCUCCUGAAAGUAAAAAUUAGCUUCAGUUUGAGGGGUUCUCCCGCCGGCUCAAGUCAUCCGAAGAACCGGACGCUCUGUUAGCGCUAGCGUUUCCUGCUGCAACAGACAACGGAUUGCUGGUUCGUUCGUAGCAGUCCAGAGUCUGAAAAAUGCAUCCCAAGGCUCGCAUCCACGCGGACCCGGCGGCACCGGAGCCGGACCGGAUCGACGGCCUGCCGGACUCGCUCGUGCUGCUCAUCCUCAACAAGCUGGAGGACGUGCACUCGCUGGGCCGCUGCGCCGCCGUGUCCAGGCGCUUCAACGACCUGGUCCCGCUCGUCCACGACGUGUACGUCAAGAUCGACCGCGUGGUGGCCGUGGACGGCGACCCCGACGACGCGCUCAACCUGUCGUCCCCCAAGCCCCGCCACAUCUUCUCCCACCUCUUCAAGCUCAUGCUCUUCACCAUCGCCAAGCCGUUCCAAGGCAUGCGCGGCCCGGGCGGCGCGGGCGGCCGGCCGCUGUUCCCGCGGCUCGCCCAGCACUCGCCCGUGCAGGUGCUCAGGGGCUUCUCCCACGUCCGCAACCUCCGGGUGGAGCUCCCCUCGGGGGACGUCGGGACGGAGGAGGGGGUUCUGCUCAAGUGGCGGGCCAGGUACGGCAGCACGCUCCAGAGCUGCGUCAUCCUGGGCGGCACCCUGGUCGACCGCAAGCCCGCCGGCGGGCACGAGCCGUCGGCGGCGGAGGACGGCGGGAGCAUGCCGGAGUCCUUCUACACCAACGGCGGGCUGAAGCUGCGCGUGGUGUGGACCAUCAGCUCCCUGAUCGCCGCGUCGACGCGGCACUACCUGCUCCGGUCUAUCAUCAAGGAGCAUCCGACGCUGCGAAGCCUGGUGCUGGCGGACGCCGACGGGCAGGGGACGCUGUGCAUGGGGGCGGAGCAGCUCGCGGAGUUCAGGGAGAGCCGGCUGUCGGCCUCGGCGUGCUCCAACAGGACGCAGGUCCCGGCGUGCAGCAUGAAGCUCAAGUACGCCCCCUACCUCGAGCUGCCCGGCGGCCUGGGGCUGCAGGGCGCGACCCUGGUCGUCAUCAAGCCCUCCGGCGACGGGGCUGGCGGGUGUCACGUUGGCCGGAAGGAGACCGAAGCCUUUGUCUCGGGUGCGUUCGAUGGGCCGUUCAGGUUCGCGGCCAAGGCGCUGAUGAAGCGGCGCACCUAUCUGCUGGAGAUGAACGGGUUCUAGAUGCUGUUGAGGUGUUUGUGGAUGGAUAUCUUGCAUUUGCAGUGCUUCUCAUGAGUAUAACUGUUUUCUGCUUGGGCAAAUGCAGUUUCUGAAUUGUAGUGUUGCAUAUAAGCUGGUGCGAUAUUAGUUGACAGUCUUAUCUGUAGCGUUUGGGUGCAAUCUGUCUUGCUCGCACAAUCCACUCUUCCAAUAGUAAUGGAAAGAAAUUUGAAAUUUCCA